AUGGCGGCUUCUUUGGACGGAGUAUUUCCAGCAACUUUACAAGAAAAAGUUAAAAAUUCAAAACUUCUGGUAGUUGGAGCUGGUGGUAUUGGUUGUGAAAUUCUGAAAAAUUUGGUGUUGUCUGGAUUUCCCGAAAUCGAAAUUAUUGAUUUGGAUACCAUCGAUUUGAGUAAUCUAAAUCGGCAAUUCUUGUUCCAUCGUGAACAUGUGGGAAAAUCGAAGUCACAGGUGGCUAGAGAAAGCGCCUUACAAUUUAAUCCCGAUGUCAAAAUUAAAGCCUAUCACGACAGUAUUAUGGCAACCGAUUAUGGAGUGAAUUUCUUUAAGAAAUUUGAUGUCGUUUUAAACGCCCUGGAUAACCGAGCUGCUCGUAAUCAUGUCAAUCGAAUGUGUUUGAAUGCAGAAGUGCCGUUGAUCGAAAGUGGAACUGCUGGAUACAAUGGUCAGGUUGAGUUAAUCAAAAAGGGUUUGACACAAUGUUACGAAUGUACACCAAAAGCCACACAGAAAAGUUUCCCUGGCUGUACCAUUCGUAAUACACCAUCGGAACCCAUUCAUUGCAUUGUAUGGGCCAAACAUCUGUUCAAUCAAUUAUUCGGAGAGACUGUCGAUGAUGAAGACAUUUCACCAGAUGUUGCUGAUCCUGAAGCCAAGGGCGAAGCUGAUGCUGAAAAUACUGCAAAUGAUACAGAGAAGCUAUCAGAUGAAAAAGUGCCAGAUGAUGGUAAUGUAGUACGUGUUAAUACACGUCAGUGGGCCAAGGACAGUAAUUAUGAUGCCGAAACUUUAUUUAAUAAAUUCUUCUAUGAUGACAUCAAAUACCUUCUAUCGAUGUCCAAUUUAUGGAAAUCACGUAAGCCUCCGACGCCCAUAAAAUGGGAUAGUGUCAUUUUGAAACAGGAUGAAGCCGACACAAGCUUUGCUCGCCAGUAUCAUAAAAUUUGGUCCCUCGCCGAAUGUGCUGCAGUUUUUGCCGACUGUUUGAAAAAACUUAAAUUGAACUUGGAAAAUAUUGAGCAGGGCGAUUCAUUAGUUUGGGACAAGGAUGAUCAACCCGCAAUGGAUUUCGUUGCAGCUUGUGCCAACAUACGUGGUUAUAUCUUCGAGAUUGCACGUAAAUCACGAUUUGAAAUCAAGUCCAUGGCUGGCAAUAUUAUACCAGCCAUAGCAACGACUAAUGCUAUUACUGCCGGUGUCGUCGUAUUGCACACCUUCAAAGUUCUACAAAAUCAAUUGGACAAGUGCAAAUCUGUCUAUAUGCGCCUUAGACCAAACCCAAGGCAGCAAUUGCUGGUGCCCGAAAAAGUUUUAACAGCUCCAAAUCCAAACUGUUACGUCUGUGCUGCUGAGCCGGCAAUACAUUUGCGCAUUGAUACCAAGCGUGUACACAUCAAAGAAUUUCGCGAUGAGGUUCUUAUUAAAACUUUGAAUAUGGUCAACCCUGAUGUUAUUGUAGAUGCCAAGGGUGUUGUUGUCAUUUCCUCGGAAGAAGGAGAGACUGAAUGCAAUGAAAACAAGCUGAUGUCUGAAAUGGACAUUGUCGAUGGUGUUCUACUGAAAUGUGACGAUUUCUUCCAAAAUUACGAGCUAAGCAUUAUAAUCGUACAUAUAGAUGCUGAACGAGAUGAGCCGCUUUUUGAAGUUAUUGCCGAUCCCAAUCAACUUAAGCCCAAGGAAGAGGUUAAAACACCCGAAAAUGAAAACGGCAAAAAGGACGAUGUGUCUGAUGGACCAUCUACGUCGAAGAGAAGCAAAGUCAACGAAAUCGUUGACGACGAUGACGACGAUUUAUGCUUAAUUGAAGACGACGAUGAUCAUAAUGUUUCAAAACCCACCGAUAAGUCGGCAACAGAGGAGGUGACAGAAGCUACAGAUAAACUGCAAGUCAAAAGUCCGGAGAAACCUAUUGCCACCAAGCGUAAGACAUCAGUUGUUGAUGGUGAUAUAACCGAGAUUUUAGAUUCGGAUGAAGAAGACGGACCAACUCAAUCGAAGCGCACUAAAAGAUCUGAGCCUGAUGAGAAAGGAGUAAUUAAUAUUGAUUAA